AUGAACCAGCGGGUCAGGUCCUUCUACGUGCGCACAGAUGGGGUGCACAUCUUGCUGUCCAGACGUGGGGGUCUGCUCUCAGAGCAUGAGGGAUGGAGGCCCUGGCCAAGGAGAGGGAGGGGCUGCCAGGGCAGAUCCAGCCUCAAACACCUCCCAGGGAAGCACCCAGACACCCAAGAUGAAGACGAAGGAGUUGUGCCCAGAGAUGGGAAGAGGACCCAAGCUGCCAAAGGCCCCUGUGCAGGAAGCUGGGUGCUGAGCCGACCACAUCUGCCGUAUUUAGCAGCCAAGAACCAACGUCAACAGUCUUCUCUUGUUUCUCCCACUGAGCCUCCUGAUUGCCUAUCUGCUGGCCUGUGGGUGGUUACCCGCCCAGUGCGGAUCUCUGGAAAGGUCAAAGGUAAGCCUCCUUCCUCGGCUCGGGGGAGGGAGCACACCUUCCAACAAAACAAGGCGCUGGCAUCCAACCUGGGGAGCGAGGCGGCGAGCAGGGCCGGCUACUCGUGUCCAGGAGGCCGGCUCGGCACCCAUGACGGCCCGGAACCAAUUCCGAUCUAG